AUGGUGGACUCUCAGAGUGAGUUGCAUGCACCAGUGAAAGUCGAGCCGCCAGUUGUUCCAGUUCAACAACCAGUGAAACGCACUCAAACAUUGGAAGCCAGUAUGCAGACGAUGACGGAAGUGGCGUGUGUUGUGGACAGCGCGACCGGUGUGUCAAUGAAGACGCCGGAAAGUAUGCUGGAUUCAGUCGCAUCGUUUGUGAAGAGACCCAGUGUGAAUGCUGAAGUGCAAGUGGACAGAGUGAGCACACCUGUCGUCAGUCUGACCACGCACAAGUUAGAAUCGAGACCGGCAGAGCCGAGUCUGUGUACCAGUUGUGGACAUCUGUAUGUGAAGACCGAACAGACGGCUUGUCAGACCGUUCAAGCUCCGGCCGCGCCCGCUCCUGUUCCUAUCGUCGUUGAAUCCACUGAACACUUUUCUUGCGAGGAGCCGAUUCAUCCUGUCAGUUCCGCUCUCGUAACCCAAUCUCUCUCAUAUGACUUUAGGAAGUUUUCUUCGGAUUCUGCGGUUUCUUUUGUUGAUUCAGCCUGUCAAACUUAUCCUUUUAUUUCUGUUUCUGAUAUCUCCAAAUCCCAUGUCUCUGAGUUGGUUGAUAAAGUUGUUUGCACACCUGUAUUUGCUUGUUCGAGUGUCGCUGUUCAAUCUUCUCUGCCUGUUACUGUUGUGGACAAUUCCCUUGGUUUACUUUUGUCUUCGUCUAUUUCUAGCCCUUAUGUUACUGCCACUUCUCACGUGUCUGCUUCUCGUGAUGUUGCUCUUGCUCUAUGUGAUUCUUCAUCUUACCACUUAAUUGAUCAUGAAUCUUUGCCUGCUCCUGUCACUGAAGAGGAGGUUCCACUUGAUUCUGGAGACCUUGAGUGGGAAGUGGUUGAUGAUCAUUUGAAGGUGCUACAGCCUAGUUUAAUUAAUAUUUCUGUUCAAACAGAAGAACAGUACAUUCAGAGGUCUGAGUCACAUCAUGAAUUUUUACGCUCUGUAUCUGCUAGUCAGACUACUCUUCACACAGCUAUUAACAGGAAAAACUUCUCAGUUCAGUAUAUCUAUGAGCCACUUCAAGAAAAUAUUGGUUGUCAAACUCAACUUUUAACACAGGACAUUUCGAAAACAGUUAAAAUUUCUAGUCAAGAUUGUGAAACAAUGACCGAUGAAACAGAGCCUCAAGUUGCAGUUUUACUUCAGAAUAUAAGUUCUACAGAUAUACGUGAGAGACUUAUUGAACGCUACUACUAUUCAUCACCUCGUACCACAGUACUUGUUAGUGAUGCAGAAACACAAGUCAAUCUGAUAAGUACAGCAUAUAGAGGACAUACAACAAGAGAUUUCUAUUUGAAAGAAACUUCUAUGGACUAUCGUGUUAGAAAUUUCAAAGAAAGUGAAGACACUAUAAUAGAAGAGUCUAGUGAACAUGAUGAUAGUGACAAUGGUGUACCAGUCACAUCAACUGAAUCCUAUUCUGAGCAUAUUAAACAUUUACUGCGUGAAGGAAGUGUAACAGAAGUUUGGGAAAAAACUCAACCAAGUCAUUCUGUUUAUGAAAGUUAUCAAAGUCGACGAGAAUAUGGAUCAGUUCGUGAACAAGCCUCUAUGGCUAUGGAAGAACCAGUUGCAGCAGCAGAUGUUGGCAUUCAGAUUACAUUUGAUUCACACACUCAUUCUUCACCUUCGGAUACAGAAAUAUCAAGAUCUGAAUCGCCUUUAAGUGGAUCAAGUUACACCUAUGAAGCCUAUAUGAUCCGUUCAAGGUUAGGACAAAUCUGUGAAGUUCAAUGUCAAUUCUGUCCAACGCAUAUAACAUCAGCCUCUCAAACAGAACAUUAUGGACAUGGAAUUCAAAGUGAACGACGUGAAACCCUAAGUGAAGAUAUUUUUGAUAGUUAUCAUAGAAAAUUGAUAAAAGAUGAAAUUGCAGAAGCAUGGACACAAGUUGAACAUGAUUCAUACAAAGAAACACAAUUAGAACAAAUCACUGAACCUAUUGAUAUAAUUGAAGAACGUUUUCUUGAAAUCACUGAGAAAAAGAGUAAAAAAGUCUAUAGUCAAAUUAAAAUCACUGAAGAAUACACAGAGGAUGAAGAUUUAAUUGUUUGUGAACUUGGUGUACAAACUGAUCCUCACGAUGAUCAUCUAUAUCAUAGUACACCGAAAGAAACUUAUACCUCUAUGACUUCACGCGGAGAAACUGAGAAACAUUUAGUUCAUGAAAGCAUCCAGACAUCAGUGAUUCACCUAGCCAAUAUUAUUGCUACAGGUGACUUAGAAUGGGCUGAUUCAGAUUUACGUGAAGUAAUCAAAACUGGUAUCAAAUUUAUUGGCAGUGAUAUUCAUAAAUUUGAAGAAACCUCUCUUCGAACAUACAAAACACAACAUUCACGGUUCGAAUACGAUUCGCCUGAAAAAGUAUUUGUCACUACCGGUACUCAAGUGAUUCCAAUAGAAUUAAAUCUAGAGAAAAGAUUUCAGAAGGAAUGGACAACUGAAACAAUGUCGGUACAUCAUAAAGCAUCAGAAUCAUUCCAACAAGAUUCGGAUAUUUCUGAUAAAGUAGAAAUGCUUACAGAAGGUAUUCAUCACACGCCAAAGAUCUUAGUGCAACUACGUCAAAGAACAUUACAGUAUGAAUUAUUUGAAUCCCAAUAUUCAACAACCAGUAUGCAUUGGAAUAAUAUUCGUGAAGUAGCCAGUCCAAGAACAGGAUUAUUCGCUCCUGUUGCAAUGGCAAUAAGAAGAGGAUGGAUAAGAUUAGGUGAAGUGAAUGAAUAUAUUGAUCCAAUGACUGGUGUAGCCAUUCCCUUAGAAACAGCUUAUCAACAAGGACGUAUUCGGUUGGCUAGUACAUCAAGUAGUUAUGAUAGAAAUAUUAUUACAAAUACACCGAUAUUACUAUUGAUUGAAAGAGUUUAUUUCAGUUGGUGUAAAGCUUACUUGACCAGUGUGAUUGAUACAGCCACCGGGGAAGUAUUAUCACCAGAUGCGGCCAUCUUAAAUGGUAUCCUUGAAACAACUGAAGAUGAAAUACGCCUAUUGGAUAGUUUAACCAAUACAUGGAUUACUAUUGAAGAAGGCGCUGGUCGACAAAUCAUUCAACUAGAACCAUCAACACCAACAACUGAAUCUAUGGAAGAUGAAUUAGAUGAACCAGCUAGUUGUAAAGUUUACCAGCUGACACAUAUUUGUCCUGGAGGUGAACCAUCUCCAUGGUUAAAUCCAUUAGAAGCUGUACGUUUAGGUUUAUUGAAUUGGGAAAAUGGUGAAGUGGCUGCUGAUUGGCCAGCUAGACCAAUCAUUCGUAGUACUGAUACUAUGGGACAAUAUUCAAGCGAUGAUUUUAUUCCUACAAGAUGGUGUACUUUCUUAACAGCAAAACAAGCUGGUUGGUUAAGAUUUACAGAAGAAUUAGAGCCAAGACGGCAUAUAACAACAUCAGGUCAACCGAAUAAUGAACCUGGAUCAUUAAUAUUAUCAAAACAAGUGAAUCUGUUAGCCCCAUCUCAACCAUCAUUGAAUUAUAUUGAAGAUGAUGAUAUCUCGGAACAAAAAUACCAACAACAUCAACAAUAUCAACAUCAACAACAACCUCAGCAUGCUUCACAUUCACAUCGUACGGAACUCUAUAUCCCUAGAACACGAUCAGAAGAAGUUUAUCCACUUAUAGAUAAUUUAAAUUCGUCAAAUUUAUUUCCAUCAAUUAAUGUUAUAGCUGGACAUAGUAAAAGUGCAUCAUUUACACGUAUGAAUACAAAACAAUCUAUAUUUAAUGAAUAUCAUAAAGUAAUUCCUUCACGUAUACAAGUACAACAUGAAUCAGAUGAACGUUCAUGGGCAAGUGAAACACAAAUCUGGGAAGAAUAUCAAGAUACUUCAUCAAGAACAAUAUCACCUGAUAAUAGUGAUAUACAUGGUCAUCGAUAAACAAUAAUUAUUAAUGAAUUUUAUACAUAUACCCAUAUAUAUAUAUAUAUGUAUUUAUCCGGAAAUCUAAAUAUGGCUGUUACACUAUUUGUUACCAGUUGCAUUCUUCAAUGGUUUAUCAAACUGCCUCUCCUUUAUCCCUCCUAUGUAUACAAAAUAAUCACUUGGAAUACAAUAAGAACAUAAGAACAUAUACAUAUAAGUAUUACGAUUGUUAAUUUUACCGCAAAAGACUCCUCUGGUCUCUAUGACAACUGCUAAUAAUAAUAAUAAUAAUAAUAAACUAUGGUCAACGCUACUUAAUUAGAAUAUAUUUUAAUUAUAAAUAAUUCUUUACUUAUUUAUUUAUUUAAUUUUGAAUGGCUUACAGUUUAUUUCAUUGGCUUUUUGUUAAAUUUUUUUUUGUUUUAAAUCACUCGCGUACAUAUCAUACAUAAAUUACCCGCCAUGAAUAAAUAAUAAACUCACAGACGCAGAAAAACAACAACAAAUGUAUUUUGUUUUUUUUUAUUAUUUCGAUGCUUAUUGCACUGAAAAUCAACCUUUCGUUUUGUACUCAAAAAGAAGAAGAAGAAGUAGAUGAAGAGAAAAUACAUUUCGUUAUCCCCCCCCCCUCUUUUUUCGCUUUUGUAUUAUUAUUAUUAAUAGUAGUAGUACUAUCUGUUUAUUGAGCAUUGAACGAUUAGUAGUGCGUUACACUGACUAAUUGACUAUUGAACAAUGAAUUUUGUGAGCGCGUUUUUGAAAAAAGAAAAAGUUACCGCGAAAUGAUUGUUAUAACAAAAAUAUUAUUAGGUUAAUUUAGAAAAUGUUUAGUUUACAUUCUUUUGUAAUGUAUAUUUUUUAGUUGAUUAUUUUAUCAUUUUGGAAAAAAAAUGUGAAUUCUUAUCACAUCUUAUCUCACGUUGUGGUUUUGUUUUUUAUGUAUACAAGUAUAAGGCUUAGAAAGUUUGAAUCAAAAGUAGGUAGUAUCAUGAUUUCAGUCAAAAUUUUGUUAAGAUAAACAAAUCACACAGACACACACUCACUUUUGUUCAAAAUAAAGUUUUGCUUUUUGCUUUUAAGCUGAAAUUUUAUUCUAAUUGUUUAAAAUUUCUUUGUUAUAAUAAAAAUUUUAAUCAG